AUGCGCCCCAACUCGAUGCUCCCAAACAUUCCAAGAGACGUUUCCCCUCACGUUGUAGCGAACAAUAAAACUUCUCCACGGAACACUCCUCACCACCCGGCACUUGCGGGGGUUGGGGGUCUUCCCUCCACACUUGUGGUUACUAGCGGAGAGGAGUUAACGGAGGAAUCAAAAACAUACACGCCCAUCAUCACUGCUUUGCGGGAGCGAGUUGCCAAUUUGGAAGAGGCGCUACUUACUGCCUCCCGUUGUCUGGAGUUGGCAAAGUCUGUUGAUGAGAAUAACGACAGCUCCACACGUAACGCCGGGGUGCAUCAGCAAUACUUUUGCGUUGAUGAGGAACCAUCACAGAAUGGCGGCAACGAACUGAUUAGCACCCGUGAUGUAAACCUUACGGCAACAUGGCCGCAAAAACUGCCCUCAUGGUCACACGGAGAGAAGUUUCAGAAGUAUAGGAAGGAUAUAACCAGCUGGUUUGGUUGCAAUGAAAAACUAGUGGUUGACAGUUCCCCUGCGACUGAGAUGGACGGGUCUGAGGAAGUAGUGGUGGUGCCGUGUGGUGGAAACGGGGGCGCCAGUACCAGUUGGAAGGUGCCAACGUCCUCCAACCUCCAUGUUGAGCCGGUUAUUGUGAUAGAUGUCACUGGCUUUGUGAUGGCAAAAAGGGAGGCGGAGGCCAGCGCCUCGGCUGGUCGUACCGGUAACGAGGAACUGAAGGAUGAUCUUACCGUGAUUAUUCGUGAGUUGAACGAAGAAAACGAGAGACUUCGGGAGGAGACUGCCGAGGUGGUUGUUAAACUAAGCGAGGAGAACAAGAAGCUGAAGGAAGAGACUUCCGAGGUGGUUGUUAAACUGAGCGAGGAAAACGAGAGACUUCGUGAGGAGACUGCCGAGGUGAUCUACAAACUGAGCGAGGAGAACAAGAAGCUGAAGGAAGAAUCGAGUGAAUUGGCUCGGCGUGUGGAAGAACGGGUAAAGCAGCGGCAGGAUGAAUCUGCUCAGGUGCCGUGGGAUCUGACCGAUGAGGAGGGCACAAUACUCGGCAGACCCCCUGCGAUGUGGCCGCCUUUGAGCGCCGCUAUCCAGGAGGACCAAUGUCGAGAAGCACAAUUGGCGACGCUGCAAAACAACUUGAAAAAUGCCGAGAGUAAACUUUCAGUCCUUCAGCAAGAGCGUGAUGCAGCCCUUUCCGCAAGUAGUGAUGCUGAGAAGUCGCUUGCAUCGUUACGAAAGGAUAAUGCGGCGUUGAGGGCAGAGGGCGUGCGGUUGCGAAGCGAAAUGGAAAAAGCAAAAGAUUUGAUCUCCCAGUUAGAAACGGGGCUUAGUUCAUGGUCAAGUAAGGAACGUGAGCUGCAGCGUCUUCGCAUUUUGAUGCGGUUCUCGGAGCUUAAGAAAGACAGCGACAGACUACCUGAUGUCCUCGGGCAGGUACAGCAGCUCGAGGAGGAGCGUGGCCGCUGGUUGGAGGAGAAGAGGCGUUUCCGUGACAUGAUUGAAAGAUACCAGCGCCGCCUGGAGGAACUCGAGUGCGAGUGUAACGUUCUCAAAGAAGGCAAGGCAGUAUACGUUGAGGCGGAGAAAAAUGCGGGGAGCUCCCCGGUUGGGCCCUCGCCUGGCGUGUCGAGUUCGUGCGACUCGAUGUCAGGUGGGCGUGCCCCUGCCGAGCGCACAUCGGACUCAGGUCAACCACCCAGCGAAGGCAGUAGUAGCAGUGUUAGCACUGUUCAGAUAUUAGAGGUGAAGCCGCAACAUCGGCCACAGCGUCCCGCAACUGCCAUGGUAGGAGAAAAACGACUGUCUGGAAGUGCGGCACUGAACUUGAGGAGACUUCAAAGCGUUACUGAAAGGCCGCGCUCCAGCAGACCUGUACUUUCCAUCAACAAGAUAUACACAGCCGCCGCAAAUGCCAGCACCAACAGAAGCCCAAGGCUCAGGAAGCUGCUCAAUGACGUGACAUCUUCAAGAAAGAAGAGGCGGUCCACAACCUACUGA